CCGCGCGGCGGCACAGCCGCGGCCAGCGCAGUAGGGCGGGCGCUACCCAAAGCUACUCCGGCGGUGACUCUUGCCUGGCGGAGCUGCAGGUGGACGUCGACGCCGAGCACCGCGUCUUUCCGGGACCUGUCGCAGUGACUAUGGUGGCAUCGGUUCCGAAAUAGCUUUCCGGGGACACUCGUCACUGGAUCUCGGCUCCUUCACACGCCCCCUUCACUCGCAAUGGACCCCACGGACCCCAUGGAUCCGCCGCGCGUGCACUUCGGCGGCCCCGGCGUGGAGCACCCUGGCGUCUCUCUGUCCGAGUUCACCCUGCAGCACCUGCGGCACUUCGCGGCGCAGGGCGAGCGCGCCCCGCCGGCCCAGGUGGACGCCGUGACGGGGCAGGCGAUGAGCUACGGCGAGCUGCUCGAGCGCAGCGUCCGCGCAGCCCAGGGCUGGAGCGCGCUGGGGCUGCGCGUCGGGGACACGGUGGCCGUCUGCAGCAACAACCUCCACGCGCUCUUCCCCACCGUGCUGGGCGCCAUGUUCAACGGCUGCACCGUGGCGGGCAUCGUGCCGUCCAGCAACACGGCGGAGCUUCUAGACUCGCUGCUCCUGGUGUCUCCACGCGCCGUCAUCUCCGACGAGCUCACGGCACCCAGGAUGGCCGCCGCCAGCGGGGCGCUGGCCGAGGCCCUGGGUGCCGGCCCAGUCAAGCACGUCGUCGCGGUGGCCGAGGGCCGCGGCGCGCGCCUGGCCGAGGUCGUGCCCGGCGGCGUCAUGUCCUCCGAGGACCUCUUCGCGGCGGGCGUGCGGCACGGGGUCGCUAUCGAGACGUACGCGCCGGCCGCCGUCGCCGACGCCAAGCAGCACGUGGCGUACAUCUUGUUCUCGUCCGGCACGACGGGCAAGCCCAAGGCCGUGAUGACCAGCGACCACUCCAUGCUCAUCCACACGCUCAACCCCGGGUCCUGGGCAGUGCUGGAGGGCGAGCGCUUCCUAGUGUCGUCACCCCUGUCCUGGAUCUCCGGGGCCCUCAUGAUGUUCCACUGCGCCUUCGUCGGAGCCACGCGGGUCUUCCUCAACGGAUGCGCCGACGAGCACACCUGGCUGGGGACCGUCCACAAGUACAAGAUCAACCUGACGUUCGCGCCGCCCUGGCUGCUGUCCCUGGUGCCGAGCGCGCUGUCCGCCACCGUGGGCCCCCGGGCCCCCUACGACGUCAGCAGCCUGCGGGCCGUGACGACGGGGGGCGCGGCGCUGGGCGCAGACAUGCACGCCCUUCUGCAGGCCGCGCUGGGCUGCCCCGUGGCGCAGGGCUACGGCUGCACCGAGGCGGGGGUCGCCUUCUCCGACUCGGCGGGCCUCCCAGGGCAGCCGCCGCCGCGGCCAGGCUCUCUCGGCCGUCUGCAGCCGUGGGUGCACCUGCGGCUCGUGGACCCCGUCAGCGGCAGGGACGUGUCCGGGGAGGAGGGUGAGGGCGAGCUGCGCUACAAGACCCCCUACCUCAUGCUGGGUUACGUCGGUGACCCCAAGGCCUCCGCCCAGGGAUUCGACGAGCAUGGCUUCUACUGCACCGGUGACCUGGUGCGCAGGGAUAGCGAUGGCUACUUCUACUUCGUGGACCGCAUCAAGGAGCUCAUGAAGUACAACAGCUGGCCGAUCGCGGCCAGCGAGUUGGAGGAGGUGCUGCUGUUCCACUCCCUGGUGCGCGAGGUGUGCGUCCUGGGCCGCCCCCACCCCAUCCACGGAGACCUGCCCACGGCCUUCGUCGUGCGGUCGGGCGGCGCAGAGGGCGACGCGCACCUCGACGAGCAGCAGCUUCGUCAAGACAUAAAUCAACUUGUUAGAGCACGGUUGUCCGAUCACAAACUACUUAGGGGUGGCAUUUAUUUCGUAGAUGAAAUACCCAAAACAACUUCAGGGAAGAAAGAUCGUAACAGAUUAAGGGAGAGGCUUGUAUCUGCCGAAGAGUUUGCAAAGCUUGAUACUAGUGUUUUGGACCAAUGUGUUUAUCUAGAAAAUAUACAUUAAGUGAAUAUACGGAUCUUAAAUAAACAGCAAUUGAAUUCACAUUA